CCUCUGGUCGCUCACCUGCUCUCCUGUCACAGCAUGCAGCUCCUGGUGGUGUUAGCAGCUCUCAUGGGGGUCCUGUUCAGCGUUAGAGCAGCUGCCGUGCUUCCUGUGGAGGACAGGAGCCCCAUCCAUGUGAACAGGGAGUUGAGUAAAGAGCGUAAGGAGCUGAUCCUGAAGCUGGUGUCUGGCUUGCUGGACGGAGCCCUGGACACCAACAUGCUGCCGGGGGAAGCGGCGCCCGUGGACCUGGAGGAGCCGCUGGAGUCCCGUCUGGAGGAGAGAGCCGUGUACAACCGGCUAUCGCUGCCUCAGCGUGACCGCAAAGCCCCCUGUAAAAACUUCUUCUGGAAAACUUUCACCUCCUGCUAACAGUGCCACAAAAGCUCUGCCCGAUUGCCCCCCCAGUACCUCUUCUCUCCCCCCCCCCCGUCCCAGCUACAUGAACUGUGGUGGACCUCAGCUGUACAUAUCAUCCACACCUGUCCGACAUGUGCCAUCGAUGGACUUCACUGAGACAGUGUGUCUGUUUAAUAUCAAUUAUUUAUGUAUCUAUUUAUGUAUACAAUGUAUGUAUUUAUGUAUGUAGCUGUUUCUUUCAGGGUCAAAAUAAAGCAUGGAUAGAAUAUUUGAUAUGGUAACGACAGAAAAUUGCUUUUGGAAGUUGUUCAACAAACACAUAGAGUCAUGUUUUUUCCACCUGCUUCUACAAUAUAAAUGCAGAGUUACAUUUCUCGCAAA